ACAGGCACCGGCUCGUCGCGGUGCUUCAUCUCCGCUUUUCCUAAACCGUAUGAGGGGGAAUAAGAAAACAAGCCCCGCGUGUUAAUGUCACAGCCAGCUGUUUACAGUGUGAUACAAUGCUGCAGUGGGUCAGGAGUCACACAUCAGCCUUAUUGGUGAGGAGGAAGUCGCCGUAGUGUUGCAUAUCAUUGUUGCAAUCAGAGGAGAGACCCUCACUGAACUGGAGCGUACAGCAAACAGACCCCACCAGCAGCUGCAUCUCAUCCCUGGGCUCCACACAGAGCUACUGUUUACACCCCAACCAAAUGAUGCUAACUCCCUCACCAGCAGCAGCACCCACAGAGGACUCCACCUGUAACACCUGGGACCCCUCUUCACAGUGCUGGGCUCCUGUAGCCCACCCAUGCCUGUGAUUCCCAUCCCACGGCGGGUGCGCAGCUUCCAUGGCCCCCACACCACCUGCAUGCACUCGGCCUGCGGGUCGACGCACGCUUCCAAGCUAGUGCGCACGAAGUACAACAACUUUGACCUGUACCUGCGCUCGCGCUGCAUGUACAGCUUCCUCCGUUUCCUCCUAUACUUCGGCUGCAGCCUGCUCACCUCUCUGCUCUGGGUGGCGCUCUCUGCUCUCUUCUUCCUGCAGUACGUCAGCGUGCGCGUGCUCCUGCGGCUGCAGUACAAGCUGUCCGUUAUCCUGCUUCUGCUGGGGCACAGGCGGCUGGACUUUGGGGUGCUCAAUGACCUGAUCAUCUACAGCAUGCAGAUCACGAUGUUCCUGGUGGGGGGGCUCGGCUGGUGCUUUAUGGUGUUUGUGGACAUGUAGCUGCAAUGUGAGUGGUGUGGGAAAUGUAAUGUGUGAUGUGAGUGCUUUAUACUGUAAUUUCAGCAUUGUGCGGUGUUAUGGGACAACAUACACCUGUAGCUAAGCCUCUUGGACUGCUCUGUAUAGCCAUUUUUGCACAUGCACUCCUGAAAAUUUCUGGAAAAUUUAGGCAUCCUGCCACUAAAAUCUUCCUGAGUAAAGCUGGCCAUACACUGGACACUGGAUUUUUAUAUCUUAAACAAUUUUAAACAUGCGAGAGGCCUCAGAAAUAAGCAAAAUUUCAAACAAUUAUCUUGAAAUCCUCUGACUAGCACAACAGAUGACGUGGCCAGACCAUGAGACCACACACCUGCCAUCUGUAAUAAUGAUCUGACAGUGAAGAUUCCCCACGCAGGAGAUCUCACAGGAUGUAGCGUGAUGAAACGUGACUUCAAAAUUAAAGUCUGAGAUUUACAAUUUGAGGUUGGGGAGGCUCUGAUGUGAUUGGGAGCAGUAAAAUAAUCAUGUGGAUCCCACCAGGGAUGGAGAUUGUUAAUUUUUAAUGAUAAUGAUACCCUUAUUGAUCUGAGUUCUUAUCAAUACUACUAUGAAUACCAGUAUUGAUGAGUUACACUAAUUUUGAUCACCAGGUCUUAAAAAGGGUAAAGAAGUGAGUCUUUAUGUACCUGGAUUCUGAUCUCUAUACCUAGACUCCCCACGCUUAAGGAUUCUUUGAGCCAGUAAUUGUAUGAAACAAGCCUUAACUCAGGACAUGCUCCCUGAUCAUCAGAGGUAAGAAAUCUGGCCUUAUGUUUGGCUUAAAAAUGUAUUGUUUGUGGCCAGCCUUACUCACAGGCAGUGUAGGGGGUUUCAGGAAGCAAGACAUAAUGCAGAAAGUACAAAAAAGAAAAGCAAAUGCAGCAACAGAGUUGCUAUGAAAACAUUUUUCGCCUUAUUUCAACGCAACAUGUUCAACAAAUUCAUGACAUCAACUUAAAUUUGGGGGAACAUAUGGACAAAUAGAAAACUAUUGAAUCAGUUUGAUUAUCUACACCGAUAUCAAACCAGUGAAGUGAUUUUAAAGUCAUUGCCCUUCUUUCUCAGCUGCAGUGACAUCUGAAUACUUUCUACUGCCAUUUCCCAUGGUUAACCCCAACUUCAUGCCAAAAAAGUUAACUAACCAGGAGAAAGUAUGGAGUCAUUAUUGUUGCAAAAGUCAGGAGUGCUUUUUAACAUUUUGAGAGCAUGACUUGUUGAUUGUUGGCUCAGAAUUGUCUUUAAACUUUUCAUUAAAACCUGCUUUUUUGCUUAGACUUUGGUUGAUUCUGUAGCCAUUUCCUAUUGGUUGGUUCACCAAAAAAAAAAAAAACCAGAGGUUAGUGCCAAGCAUGCAGAGAAAGUUCUGCAUGUGGGCGGAGAAAGUCUUGAGCGCAUACAGAAAAAGUUUCGUAUGUGGGCAGAGAAAGUUUUGAGCGCAUGCAGAAAAAAGUUUCGUAUGUGGGCGGAGUUGCAGUUCCACAAACAAUAAGAAGCGAACUGAAUGAAAGGAGAAUCGUUUCAGCAUGAGUGCAGGAAAUUUCAACAGUCUGACUGUAGACCAUUUCUGAUGGGCACUCUCAAGACCAUUCAUCUGAGAGACCGUAUAUUUAAAUGGAAAUACAUGCUAAAACUUUAGAAAUAAAAUUAGAUUGAACUUCCGUUUAGGGUAAGGGUUAUGGUACCAAAAGCUAAAAACCUGACCUGAUAAAACCUGAUAACAAAAUGUUGUAAUAAAGCCAGCAGAACAGUCUGCUUAAAAGAAAAAAGCUCGCUAAAACAUUCUAACACAGCAAGUGUAGCUCAGCUACGUAGCUCCAUUAGCUGUGAAAGCUUGGUGGAUAACGUAGCUACGUUGCUAAAGUUAAGCUCAAAAAUUUCAAAUUAAAAAUGUAUUUAUUUAGCACAUUUACAAACAACACAAGUUGACCCACAUGCUGAAAAGGCCUAAGACACUGAAGGCAAUAAAACACAAAAGAAAAAAAAUAUAUAAACGGUACAAAUAAGACCAGAAAAUGUCAAGAUGUCAAAGCUUAACUUGUAUUAAAAGCCAGUUAGAACAGGUGAGUCUUAAGCAAGGACUUAAAGUUUUCAAUUGACUGAGCAGUUUUGAUAAUUUUAGGUAAACUGUUCCAACAGUCUCAGAGCAGCCAGGUCAAACGCUCUGUUACCUUGGGUUUUAAACCCGCACAAGGCAGCUAUGUAAGCUACAUAGUUAAGUUAGCCUUAGCUACAUUUGCUAAAGCUAACUUAGCUAUACAUAAUGGAGCUACGUAGCUAACGUAGCUAACAUAGCUAAUGUAGCUCAAGGUUAAGCACCACUGUACCCAACUAUGUAAGCUAGGUAGAUUACAUUACCUACGUAGCUCAUGUUGCUAAAGCUAACUCAGCUACACUGACUUAUAUAGUAACAUAAAUUACAUAGCAAGCGCAGCUAUGUUAGCUUUAGCUAAAGCUAACAAAGCUAAAGUGAGCCCCCAUUAAUCUAACUACUUCUAAAACAGGAUUAUACAUAAUUGAAUCCCAGAUAAGACCUCUGACCUUUUCUCUUUUUUAUUUAUGAAAUGUCUGUAACGUUUGCAAUGUGCUUAUUUCAUUAAUGUAACUGCCAAACUUUGUUUAUGAAUGAACCUGAAUCAAAAAAGUAGAAUCUAAUACUGGAAAUACUUUGUACCUUUUAAUUAUAGCACUCCCUUUCUGUGAUAUACAACGUCUCUGAUGAGCGGAGGGGGCCGUCAGAGAUGUACGGUUUGCAGCCAGACCCCUCUCAGAAAUCUGAGCAAGCAACUCAAGAUUCAAGAGCAAGCAGACAUUUUGGGCAUUAGCUGGAAAAUCCAAGCCCAAUGGCAAGUUUUUAUGGAAAGUCUGCAGAAAAAUCGGAGCCAAAACACUGAGAGUCAUGCUCAAAACACUACUAUUUGUUUCAGAGUUUUGCAACAAUAAUGACUUCAUAGAAAAUCAUGGUAAAGCGAAAAUAAUGCUGUGGCACUUGCAGCUUGUGUAAAAUUUCUGGAAAUUUUCAGGAGUUUUGUCUGUAUCUGAACGCACCACAUGAAUCCAAGAAUACAUUUUGAUGUCAGCUCAAAAUCUCACUAGUUCAGUUUCAUAUAUGAGAGAAUUUUUGUACUUUUGUGGACAGUCCUUUAAAGAUGAUGGGGAAAGAGAAUUAAGUGCAUGUGGUUGAGAACCAGACUUAAGUUAUCAGGCUGAGCUACCAAGUCAAACUCUCUAUUUUCAUGCCAUUUGUGCUAUGUUUUUAAAGGGAAUCAUGAUGCUCUAACAGAAAUUGUCAAAGUUUCAUGGAAAAGUGACUAAUGCGCGUCAGGGCAAUGUGAUGCAAGACAGUCAUUUGUGCCAAAUCAUGGGUGGAGUUGCAAAAGUGCAACAUGAUUCGCAGGAUGGAAUUAUUAAGAUAAUAUCAUGCCAACAUCCAUGAAAUUCAGUUGAUUGAUGGUAACAUGUGGUGGACAAAGUAACCAAAAAAAAUGAAGCGUCAACAGUGUGUAUGUGUGUAAUGUGCUUUAUGUGGAAAGGGACGUGGUUGAUUUUAAAAAGUAACAAACAUUAAUGUCUUUUUGUAAAAUUAUUAAAUAAAUUUUCCGUUUCUUGUAGCCUUUUGUCCUC